AACCCGUCUUCGUCAAGUCGCCAUCUUGGCUUGUUGUAAGCUAGUAGGGCAAACAAUCUCGUUCAGUGACAAUUUAUGCUAAAUCAUAACUGGUACGUGAGUCCUGGUUCUACUUUUAAGAAAUAAUAAUCAUUGAAUAAGGAGCCUGUGUGUAGGUAAGAUACUGAUCACGCACAAGCGACUGAUCCUAAUAGUUGGUUAAAGAGUGGUCAUCAUCAUGGGCCGCUCUCGAAGCCGAAGCUCAUCCCGGUCCAAGCACUCCAAAAGCAGCAAGCACAGCAAGAAGAGGAGCCGCUCGCGAUCCAGAGACAGGGAGAGAUCUAAAAAAAGGUCCAAGUCAAAAGAAGCGAAGAGGAACCGGCGCCGAAAUUCUCGUUCCCGGUCUCGGUCCGCCACAACCUCGGCUCGCCGGGAAAGGGCUCCUCCGUCCCCUCCGGAGCGCAUGGAUAUCUUCGGCCGGACGUUAAGCAAGAGAAAUGCCCUCGACGAGAAGCAGAGGAAGGAGGAGGAAGAAAGGAAAGCGGAGAUGGAGCGGCAAAGAAAGAUACUCUUGUUGGGGAAGACGCCAAGGAACAGAGAGGGAGGAGGGGAGAGUCGUCAGCAGGAGAUAGAGGAAAAACUUAUCGAAGAGGAGACAGCGCGCCGAGUGGAGGAGCUGGUGGCCAAGCGUGUGGAAGAAGAGCUGGAGAAGCGUAAGGACGAGAUAGAGCGGGAGGUGCUGCGACGCGUUGAGGAGGCAAAGCGCAUCAUGGAGAGACAGUUGCUGGAGGAGCUGGAAAGGCAGCGGCAUGCUGAGUUGGCAGCACAGAAGGCCAGAGAGGAAGAAGAAAAAUCUAAGCGAGAGGAACUGGAAAAAAUCUUGGAGGAGAAUAACCGUAAAAUCGCCGAGGCUCAGGUCAAGCUGGCGGAAGACCAGUUGCGCAUUGUGGAGGAGCAGAGAAAAAUUCACGAGGAGCGCAUGAAACUGGAGCAAGACCGACAGAAGCAGCAAAAAGAGGAGCAGAAAAUGAUCCUGGGCAAAGGCAAGUCCAGACCCAAGCUCUCCUUCUCGCUCAAGGCCACAGAGUGAAGGCCUUCUCCCCAGCGUCAUCAAAUCCUCCAAACUCGCCUGCUCUUCGUUUUUGGAAGUGCUGACAGCGUGCGAGGAGAAGUGGGUGGAACAUGAACUUGGAGAGGAGAAAGACCUGAAUGGACCUCACUCCAUCUCUGUGCUUUGGUUCUUUUUAUUUCAUUUUUAGGGAACCUUUGCUGUAGAAUGCUCGAACAUGUCCGCUCCUUGUAAGUCUUAAUUAACUUUGUCUGAUAAACGCUCCUCCGGUCCACAUAGAUGUCAACGAGCCCUGAAGAGGAUCAUGAAGCCAAACUUGCUUUUCCUCUUAUUUGCUUUCAAUUCAAGGGUGCCUUGAAAAGCACGCUUAAGUUCUGUUAAGAUGAUGGCAUCAUGGCAUCCAUUUACCCACAAACCCCUGCUGUCAUGUUUGUGGACGAUGGACUCAUUCCCCUAUCUUGUUCCAACUUUCUCACACUGUACAUUUUUGUUUUGUAGUUUUUUUUAUGAUUUCCACAAGCACACAACAGGUCACCGUGACAACGACAAAGGUGUUAUUUCAUCAACUUCUGUGGUGAUCUGUGUACGUUUUUUUUAUUUUGUAGCCUUGUCACUGCAAACUAGCAUGAUGAGGUGCAUCCCUUGGUAAGUCUGGAAGGGUAGUGGAUAACCAAAUUCAGGUAAGAUAUAAUUUGAUGUGUGUCUGUGUGUGCGUGCAUGUGUAUUUGUAUGUGUGUGUGUGAUUGUGUGAUUGAGAGAAAGAGAGAGAGUGCACGACAUGUUGGCUUCAAAUUAAUUCAUUAACUUCAUGUAAUUUUCCUCAAUUGUCAAGAAAUGAACAAUAAACCUGUUGGACAUCUUCAUUGA